GCGGCGCUAAUGAGCGCUGAUGAACCGCACUGAUGCCAGAGUAAGGCGCGGUGCAUUGUGGGAAGGUGCGCGAGCCGAAUCACAGGAGGAGAAACCCAUAACACGGAAAGAAGAUUAAUUUAAUUAAAGAAGGAUGUUCCUGACUCUGGCUCUGCUGCGGAAGGGAAUUCCCGGCCGGCAGUGGAUCGGGAAGUGGCGCCGGCCACGCCCAGUCACCUGGCAGAUGAAGCGGAACACGGUGGAGCGACUGGAGCGAGAGGCUGAGAACGAGUACUGGCUGAGCCGACCUUACCUGAGCCUCGAGCAGGAGAGAGGCCACGCCCACGCUCGCCGCACACACACCUGGGAGACCCUCCGCCACGCCCGCCAGUCCGCCUUCCCCCCGCACACCUCCAUUACUGAACACCUGCAGCACCUGAACACCACCCGCACCUGGAGCUAACACACACUCAGGGCUCUUAAUAAAGCACUGAAUCACUGUUA